GUCGCUGUGGUGAGCGAUUCGCUCUGGCAUUCCGGAGAAAGGUCUCGCCCCCACGUAGCUGAGCAGCUUUACAAAGAUCCUGUCGCUAGACCAAGGGUGUGGACAGCAGGGGACGAAGGGUGGCCGGCCCGGAAUCGUCAUUUUUGCGGAAUCUGCAUGAAACACGUUAACUCUGAUUAAAAAGCACUGUAAUGAGAGAACACCUCUGUCACGUAGCUGAGCGUCUUCGUGUCUGCGUGGCCUUGUCUGCACCCCCUUGCUCCCUGUGGACGAAUGCCCUCCAGGCCCCAGUGGAAUUUCACGUGCUGCGUUCCUCCCGCAUCCAAACUCGACAGCCUCAGCGCUGCGCCAGCCUCUAGGGGCACACCGUUCAGUUAGGGGAUAGAAGAGGGUGCCACCAUGGACGACAUUUUCACCCAGUGCCGGGAGGGCAAUGCUGUGGCUGUGCGCUUGUGGCUGGACAACACCGAGAAUGACCUCAACCAGGGAGAUGACCAUGGCUUCAGCCCCCUGCACUGGGCGUGCCGUGAGGGCCGCUCCAACGUGGUGGACAUGCUCAUCAUGCGGGGGGCCCGAAUCAACGUCAUGAACCGCGGUGACGACACGCCCCUGCACCUGGCCGCCAGCCACGGGCACCGCGACAUCGUCACCAAGCUAAUCCAGUGCAAGGCAGAUACCAAUGCAGCCAACGAGCAUGGCAACACCCCACUGCACUACGCCUGCUUCUGGGGACAGGACAUGGUGGCUGAGGAUUUGGUGGCUAAUGGUGCCCAAGUGAGUAUAUGUAAUAAAUAUGGAGAGACGCCUUUGGACAAGGCUAAGCCCCACCUUCAGGACAUUCUGAAAGAGCGUGCAGAGAAGCUUGGACAAAACUUGAAUAAGAUCCCCUAUAAGGACACCUUCUGGAAAGGCACCACUCGAACCCGGCCCCGUAAUGGCACUCUGAACAAACAUGCUGGGAUUGACUUCAAACAGCUGUCCCUUCUGACCAAGAUUAAUGAGAAUCACUCUGGAGAGCUGUGGCAUGGGCGUUGGCAAGGAAACGAGAUUGUGGUUAAAGUGCUUAAGGUCCGAGACUGGACCACCAGGAAGAGCCGUGACUUUAAUGAAGAAUAUCCAAAACUGAGGAUAUUCUCCCAUCCAAACGUGCUGCCCAUGCUGGGGGCGUGUCAGUCGCCUCCUGCCCCCCACCCCAUUAUCAUCACACACUGGAUGCCCUAUGGCUCGCUCUACAAUGUGCUUCACGAGGGCACCAACUUUGUGGUGGAUCAGAUGCAGGCUGUCAAGUUUGCGCUAGACAUCGGGUGUGGGAUGGCCUUCCUGCACACGCUGGAGCCCAUGAUCCCUCGCCACCAUCUCAAUAGCAAGGGCGUCAUGAUUGAUGAGGACAUGACAGCCCGGAUAAGCAUGGCAGACGUGAAGUUCUCCUUUCAGUGUCCGGGCAGAAUGUACUCGCCUGCUUGGAUGGCACCUGAAGCCUUGCAGAAGAAGCCAGAGGAGAUCAACCGGCGCUCUGCGGACAUGUGGAGCUUUGCAGUGCUGCUGUGGGAGCUGGUGACUCGGGAGGUGCCCUUCGCUGAUCUCUCCAACAUGGAGAUUGGCAUGAAGGUCGCUCUAGAGGGCCUCCGACCCACAAUCCCGCCUGGAAUCUCGCCCCACAUCUGCAAACUCAUGAGGAUCUGUAUGAAUGAGGACCCAGCUAAGAGGCCCAAAUUUGACAUGAUCGUGCCCAUCCUGGAGAAAAUGCAGGACAAGUAACCUGCCCCCCAUCCUGCCUCACCCCCCAGUGCCCCAGUGGACAUGUCGCACACCAGUAUUGCCUUAAGCAUCUCCUCUCACCUGUUACUUCUGCUAUCGACACCACUAUCUAUUGUAAGCUUCUGAAAAUGGCAACUCUGUCUCAUGCUAACAGUAUAUAUAUAUAUUUUUUAACUUCUUGUUUUACUUGCCAAUCCUUUCUUAGCCCUUCUUAGUGGGCAUUGAGAAGAGCUUCUAUUUACAGUAAGGUUUUAAUCAUGUGGACUUUGUAAAGUUUUAUGCCUUGCUGUCUGACUGAAUGGAGGCUUUCAGACUGCCACUUUUUGCCUGUUCCCUGAUGGUCGCCCUCCUCUGAAAGCAUAAGGGACAUUUUAGGGCUCAUGAGCUGAAGCUCAGAUACUGUAAAACUUUUAUUCCUGUUAAAAUGAGCUGAUACAUGAGUAAAUUGCCUUAUGGGUGACUAAGCUUUGGGGCCUCUUGUUUGUCUCACAGAGAAACUCAAGUUGGUUUUCAUCAUGUGCCCUACCUCCAACUUUCAGGAAGUGACUUUUUUUUUAGGUAUUCUUUAGAGGGUGAUGUAUUCAGUACUAGAUCACUGUAACUUCCUGUUUGCAUUCUGAAGCUGUAUGGCUCCUCUGGCCACAGGGAUUGUGUGUAUCUUUGAGCUGUCAGAACUGUCUGAAAUUAAAUGAUUCUCCUUCCUAAACCUUACAGACUGUACCGUAUCUGCUAUCCUGCCGUGAGAUGCACUCUCGUGUAAUAUUUCAAGGUUUUAUUUUAUAUAUGUUCAGGAGAGUAAUCAAAAAUCAUUCUACAGAUACAAGGGUUCAUGAAGAAUAUUGAAUGGGAAUGUGGGCCUGAGACCGCAAAAUGUCUGUUUCUUUGGUAUCCUUAUUUUUCUCUGUUGUCCAGUGUUUUAUGCGGUUGUACACUGUCACAGCAGCUUCUUGUCCUAAAAGGUCAAAAACCAAAACAAAGCAUGUCUUGUAUGUAAUUUAUAUAUAACAUUAAAAAGAGACAUUACGUUGUUU